AUGACUUCAGACCCAAUUCUGCCCAAGAAGGGCGAGCGCAAUAUCCUUGUGACUAGCGCUUUACCCUAUGUCAACAAUGUCCCUCAUUUGGGUAACGUCGUCGGCUCUGUGCUGAGUGCCGAUGUAUUUGCGAGAUACCACAAGUCUUGCGGACGCUCUACAUUAUACAUCUGCGGUACCGAUGAGUACGGCACAGCGACAGAAACAAAGGCGUUGGAGGAGAAAGUGACCCCGCAGGAGCUUUGCGCCAAGUACAACAAGAUCCAUCAAGAAGUCUACGAAUGGUUCGGCAUCGGAUUCGACCACUUCGGACGUACCCCUACCGAAAAGCACACCGAAAUCUCCCAGGCCAUCUUCAAGCGUCUUUACGAUAACGGCUUCCUGGGCGAGCGAACCGCCGAGCAGCCAUUCUGCGAGCAGCACGGUUCCUUCUUGGCUGAUCGUUACGUCGAGGGCGAGUGUCCCCGCUGCCACUACGACGAUGCGCGCGGUGACCAGUGCGACAAGUGUGGUCACCUUCUCGAUCCUUUCGACCUUAUCAAGCCCCGCUGCAAGCUCGAUGGUGCUACCCCAGUGCGCCGUGAGACGAAACACAUCCACCUUCUUCUCGACAAGCUCCAGCCCGAGGUUGAGAAGUGGUCUGCUGAGUCUAUCUCGAAGGGUGACUGGCCCAAGAACUCCCGCGUUAUUACCGAGUCUUGGUUGAAGGAGGGUCUGAAGGAUCGUGGUAUCACUCGUGAUCUGAAGUGGGGUGUUCCCGUUCCCCUGGACGGAUAUGAUAACAAGGUGCUGUACGUCUGGUUCGAAGCCUGUAUCGGAUACCCCUCGAUCACUGCCAACUACACAAAGGAUUGGGAGCAGUGGUGGCGCAACCCUGAAGAGGUCCAACUCUACCAAUUCCUGGGCAAGGACAACGUGCCUUUCCACAGUGUUAUCUUCCCCGCUACCCAGAUCGGUACCCGGGAUAGAUGGACUAUGAACCACCACUUGAGCGCCACUGAGUAUCUCAACUACGAGGGCGGCAAGUUCAGCAAGUCCCGUGGUGUUGGUGUCUUCGGUACAAAUGCUAAGGAUACCGGCGUCCCCGCUGACGUGUGGCGCUACUACCUCCUCAAGAACCGCCCCGAGACUGGCGAUACCCAAUUCGAGUGGCGCUCUUUUCGUCGACAGCAACAACAGCGACUUGUCGCUGCCUCCUACGGUGGCGUUAUUCCCGAAUUCACCGUCCCGGAGGACUUCAACCCUUUCCUAGAGGAAGUCACCACUCUGACCCGUCAGUAUAUCGACGAGAUGGAGAGCGUUCACCUCCGUGCUGGUGUUGCCACUGCUAUGAAAAUUGCCGAGGCCGGUAACGGUCUGAUCCAAGCUAACCGCUUGGAUAACUCGUUGAUUGCUAACGAACCCGAGCGCGCUGCUGCCGUCGUCGGUUCCGUGCUUAACCUGAUCCACCUGCUCUCUGCCGUCUUUUCCCCAUACAUGCCCACGACUGCGAAGUCUAUCCUGGAGCAGCUCGAGGCUCCUUUCAUUCACAUCCCGUCCCUGGACGAUCUCAAGGAUGGCUGGAAGCCCACCACCCUGAAGGGCGGUCACAAGCUUGGCAAGGCCAAGUAUCUCUUCUCUCGCAUCGAUCCCAAGAAGGCUGAUGAGUGGCGCGAUUCAUUCGGUGGGUCUCAGGCCGACCGCGCGAAGAAGGAAGAGGAGGCUGCCAAGGCUGCUGCUAAGAAGGCCGCUGCCAAGGCUAAGAAGAAGGAGAAGAAGGAGAAGAAGGGCGUUGAGGCUACUGCUAAGGGUGGUGCUGAGAGUCCUAGUGUUGACGCGGACGCUGUUGAGAAGGUUACCGAUGGCGUUGCUCAGGUCACUCUCCCUACUUCUUAA